AUGGCGUCCUUGAGAGCACUAAAGCACUGCGAAUCCAACCUCACAACCCUGCGGGACACUUUGAAGAUUGAAGAUAUGAGGAAAAGCUACCACGCAAGCAUGGAGUCGCAGGAAAAGUUUGUCGGGCUCCACAAGGCAGCUUUCCUCACCUUGGGCAAGUUAACCAAGGCAAACCUCGUCGAGAAUCUGAUGCGAGACAUCAUGAAGGACUUGAAGGCCCUCGCGAUCUGCAGCACCUUCAAUCUCUCAGAUCAGCUGGGGCAGCUAGAGGACGCCGUCACCGAAUUGUCAAAGCGAUUCGUGCCAAACUCUUGCAAGCCAACAGCUGCGGCAGACUUGGUCAUCUCCCGAUAUCAAACCGGAUCAUACAAGAGGCUCACGAGGAAGCCUACACCAAGCUUGGCAAGAAGGCACGACGAAUCGCCGAGGCUUCGAGCUUGUGCUGACCAGAGCAAUGAUAGCGCUCCUAUACCUCUACAUGGCCCAGUGGAGGAUUCACAAUGUGGUCCCGCUGUUGAAGGCCAAGGUCACCAUCGCGGCUGGUCUUCUGCUGUGCUUUCUGUAUUCAAUAAGGGGGCAUUUGAGAGCGAUUAUCGUGAUACUCUUCGUGGUCGCGGCGAUUGGGCAGAUUGUCUUGAGAUAUAUCCAUCGAUAGAGCCAACAACCUUGGAGGUUGAAGUCCUGUUUGAGCCCAAGUGCCGUAGUAGAAACAUUGAAAGUCCACGAGAGUGCCAUAUUCAGCCAGCACAGCAGAGUGACUACACAGCAAAAAUGGCCAACAACCACGACAAUGCCCUGCCAGCGCCAACGCUUUACCAUCUGUCAUCGUCUCAGUCCAUGCGCAUUCUUUGGGCUCUCGAGGAACUGUCUCUUUCGCGCGGGCUGGAGUACAACGUGAAACACCACCGACGCGAACGCGGGCGUGCACCAGCAGUCCUGCAAGAGACCUUCCCACUAGGAAAAUCGCCCAUUCUCGAAAUUCCAGGCGUGCAACUAUUCCGGCCGUUGCCAUUCAUAUACAACAAGAAUGAUUCACCAGACACCAUCAUCACAGAGUCUCGUCUGAUCCUGCAAUUGCUAUCAGACCACUACUCCGCUGGCGAAUGGAUGCCGACCAGCGACGAAGACCAAGAUCGCAAUCUUUAUUUCCAGGAAUUUGCAAACACUACACUCAGCCCCAUCGUGGAUCGCAUUCUGUACUUUCAAAUCAUCCCCCCUAACGCACCGUGGAUUGUGCGACCGUUGAUGUACGCUAUCUUCAACCCUAUUGUGAAAAUCUUUGUUCACGAUGUUGAUGCACCAUUUGCGCUCAUGGAGCGUGCCUUGUCAGAUGAGAAGCCAUGGUUUGCGGGUGCGAACUUGGGUCUGGCUGACUUUAGUAUGUCGUGGCCCUUGGACUCGGCGUCACAGAGGGGUUUGUUUGACGAGAGGAAGUACCCUAAAGUAGCGGAUUGGCUGAAAAGGGUGCAUGAUAGGCCUGCUUACCAGAGCGCGAUCAAAAAGGGGACUCCUUAUGAUCUGGUGCGGUUUGAAGUGAAGUAA